GGGUGUAGAGUGAAUGACCUGGAAGGAAGGAAAUAAAAUGGAUUGGAGUCUUUAGCCUUCGGAAUCCUAAAACAUAAAAAAAUACACUACAAAAUAAUUUUAUUUUUAUUUUUAGAGAAUAAUAAUCCGAACAGAGAUCGAUCUUACUCUUUCGGGUCGGAUCCUGGGGUUCACUGUGCCCGGUCUUAUCCCAGAUCCUUCAUAGCCAUUGAUAAAUCUGUCACUAUCUUCUAGUUGAUUGAUGAAGUUUUGAUUUUCGCUGCACGCGUUUCGAGAGUGUGAUGGAUUCUGAUUAUCAUCUUUUCCCUGAUGAUGGGCUUGAGACUGUCCAUCAAAAUGGUGUUCAUGAGCAAAGUGCUGCUGCUGGAGAGGAUGGUGUUGUUUCGAAUAAUUUAAGUGAGAGCAUGGGAAACGCUUUUAAGGUCGAUGAUUGUACUAAUGAUAUUCUGUCCACCAGAGAAGUCGAGGGUGAAUUAAAGGUAUAUGUGGGAAUCAAUGGAUUUUCUGUUUCUAAGGAAGGAGAAGCCAAAGUGAAAGAUGCUGAUAAUUCAGAGAAAGCUAGAUCACAGAAGGGUUCAGGAAAGAGCGGCAACGCAAAGCCCUCAAACCCAAAAAAUGUCUCAGCCACUCAGGUGAAGGGUAAGGAUGGAAGAGAUGCUGUGGCUCGAACUGCUGUUUCAAAUGGCUCUGUUGCUGUAAAUUCACAAUUAAAACAGCCUUUGAAAAGUAACUCAUUCAAUGAGAGGCAGGGUCAGGCAUCCAAGCAAUCUGGGAAGUCUGAUGCAGUGCUGUCUGCUGGCCUGGUGGAGAAGGCGAAACUGAAACCUUUGAAGAACGGGACUGUUGUGAAAGCUGAAGGAGAAACAGAAUCUACUUUAAGUCCCACUGCAGAAGAUGCCAAACCUCGCAAGUUCGGUACACUUCCGAAUUAUGGUUUCAGCUUUAAGUGUGAUGAACGAGCUGAGAAAAGAAAGGAGUUCUACACUAAGCUUGAGGAAAAGAUUCAUGCAAAGGAAGUGGAAAAGAGUACCUUGCAAGCGAAGUCCAAGGAAACCCAAGAAGCUGAGAUUAAGUUGUUUAGGAAAAGUCUGGCUUUUAAAGCAACCCCUAUGCCCAGCUUUUAUCAGGAGCCUGCACCACUGAAGGUGGAGCUAAAGAAGAUACCCACAACAAGAGCGAAAUCUCCCAAGCUAGGCAGAAAGAAGAGCCCAUCCCCUGCGGACUCUGAAGGAAAGAAUAGCCAGAGCAGUCGAUCAGGUCGUCUGAGUUUGGAUGAGAAAAUAUCCUCUAAGAUUCCUAUCAGACUUUCUCCUGCCCAUCCAAAGAAACCGCUGAGGAAAUCCCUCCCCAAACUGCCUUCUGAAAAGAUCAACUUAUAUGCAAAUGAUGAAAAAAGUAAAUUGCCUAAAGCAUCAAAUGAGGAAAAUACCACCUUAUCUGAUAAAAAAAAUGAAGGUGUAUCCGCCAACCAAGAGCAGGAAGCUGUUCCGAGGAAUGAUGCAAGUGAAUUUCUGCCCCCAAAAGAGGAGGUGGUGGUUCAAGAGGAAGCUGCUACGUUGAUGAAAGGUCCCAUAGCUUUGGCAGUUUGACCAAAAAAAAAAGGAAAAUCCAUGUGCGUAAAUAAAAAAAAAAAGGUGGAAGACCGGGAUUAUUGGACAAUGAAGGCGUGAAAGAUUUUGCAUGAUAGAUUGUGAUGUUGUGUUUGUCCCUAGUCAGCAGCAUUGAUUGUUGUGUGCAUGAUUUCAGGUUGCUGGUCUUUCCGUUAGGGUUCUACAUUCUUGCAUUAUUGUACGUUGUGACUUGCAAAAGUUAUUCAAGUUUUACAUGUUAUUUCUUAUUUGCCUGCUGAAUUGAAAAUAUUUAGCAAAAUUUUGAAGUCUGCUGUUAGAUAGGCCAUGCUCUUCUGUACUGUCCCUUCGAACCUCCUAUAUGUGCGCAAUUGGAUUUUGUUAAGGUGAAUGUGGUUGUGUGAACUGUGAGCCCUUUCUGUUUUUUGA